CAAGCCUUCACUGUAGUAGGACUGGUGAAAACGGUAGCCGGAUGGGGUGCAGUGGUGCUACAGUUCAUCUGGGAUGCUUCAUCGUCUUAUAUAUAUAUUAACACCAGCCGCUGUUUAAAUUAACACAAUGAACGCGUUAGCAAUAGUUUUUGCCAAUUGUAAAUAGUUCGUAAUUAUAGCGUUAAAUGCCAACCCAUUGUGAAUCAUUGUAAUCUGUUACGCUCUUGGGAUCACCUCCAGACAUCAGUGUCUUCAUUACCAUUGAUUUAUCGAAAUGAAAGUGACGGUGGAUUUUGAAGAAUGUCUCAAAGAUUCGCCUCGGUUCCGGGCCACAGUAGAAGAGGUGGAGGGAGACGUUGGAGGGCUGGAGCCAAAACUUGACAAGCUGGUAAAGUUGUGUAUAGGGAUGAUAGAUGCUGGACGAGUGUAUAACCAGGCCAAUAAACAGUUUGUGAAUGGAAUCAGAGAAUUGGCACUCCAGUCCACCAGAGAUGAGGUCAUCGGGUCCAGUUUAGCUGCAUUUGCCGAGACUCUUCAGGAAAUGAACAACUAUCACACAAUAUUGUUUGAUCAAGCCCAGCGGUCCAUAAAGUCUCAACUUCAGGCUUUUAUAAAGGAAGACUUGAAGAAGUUUAAAGAUGCUAAGAAGCAGUUUGAUAAGGUGAGCGAGGAGAAGGAAGUAGCUCUGGUGAAGAAUGCUCAGGUGCCACGUAACAAACAGCACGAGGUGGAGGAGGCCACCAACAUCCUGACCACCACACGCAAGUGUUUCCGUCACAUCGCCCUGGAUUAUGUGCUGCAGAUAAAUGUCCUUCAGUCUAAAAGAAGACUGGAAAUCCUCAAAUCGAUGUUGUCCUAUAUGAACUCCAACCUGACGUUUUUUCAUCAAGGAUAUGAUUUGUUUUCUCAACUUCAGCCAUUAAUGAAGCAGCUCGGUGCCCAGUUGGAUCAGCUGGUGGUGGAUUCAGCAAGGGAAAAGCGGGACAUGGAGCAGAAACACUCAACUAUCCAACAAAAGGCUGCUUUGCAGGACUUCUCCAAUGAUGACACAAAACUAGAGUAUAAUGUGGAUACAGAUAAUGGAAUUGCUAUGGAGGGAUAUCUCUUUAAAAGAGCAAGCAACGCCUUUAAAUCCUGGAACAGGCGCUGGUUCUCCAUUCAGAACAGUCAGCUGGUUUAUCAGAAGAGAUUUAGGGAUAACCCCACUGUAGUGGUGGAGGAUCUGAGACUCUGCACUGUGAAACACUGUGAGGAUUUGGAGCGCCGCUUCUGUUUUGAAGUUGUGUCCCCUUCCAAGAGCUGGAUGAUGCAGGCUGACUCGGAGAAGCUGCGGCAGGCGUGGAUCAAAGCCGUUCAGAACAGCAUCGCUACGGCUUACAGAGAGAACGGAGAGGAAGAUGCUGUCAGUUUGGACAGGCAGUCAUCUGCGUCUCUGGGCAGUCUGGACUCAGGCUGCGAGUCGGUAAAGCCAGUUAAGGUUGAAAGUGCUCUCCAGAGGGUGCAGGCCAUCCCUGGAAAUGAGUUCUGUUGCGAUUGUGGACAAUCUGAUCCACGCUGGGCCAGCAUCAACCUCGGCAUCACGCUGUGUAUCGAGUGCUCAGGCAUUCACAGGAGUUUAGGCGUUCACAAUUCAAAGGUGCGAUCUCUCACGCUGGAUUCGUGGGAGCCCGAGUUACUUAAGUUAAUGUGUGAGCUGGGCAAUAGUGUCAUUAAUCACAUAUAUGAAGCUCGAAGAGAGGAGAUGGGUGGCAAGAAGCCUCAGCCUGGAGAUCUCAGACAGGAAAUUGAAGCCUUCAUCCGAGCUAAGUAUGUAGAAAAGAGGUUUGUCCUGAAACCCACGGCUCAGCAGCAAAAGGAAAAGAUCAUGGCGUUGAGGAAACAAGACAAGCGUGUGAAGGGAAACAUAGAGUUUCUGCCUCCGCGGCCGCCCCCUCCGACACCCAAACUCCGUACCACCUCGAACACUUCAGCUUCCAUUAGUGGUCAGGAGGUGCGGCGCGACUCGCUGUUCUGCCCUGAUGAGCUUGAUUCUCUCUUCUCCUACUUUGACACGUCCUCAAAGCUGCGGAGCCUGAGGAGUGCAGACAGUGGUAUUCAGAACAGUGCAGAUGGGAGCAGAGAGAUGUUGGCCUCCACCUCAUCCAGCAACAGCCUGAGUGAAGCAGAGCCCCAGGAGUCUGAUUCGCCCAUGUCUGUAAAUCAGACAUACUCUCCUCCUGUGUUCUCUGAGAUGACUGAUUUCUCGGCGGGACCUCUGCUGUAUUGGGCGUCCUGCGCCUGCAGUUUGACAGACAUGGUGGAGGCGUUGGCUCACGGAGCCGAUGUCAACUGGGUCAACGGUGAAGACAACAAUCGGACUCCACUCAUACAAGCCGUACAGGGGGGUUCACUGAUCCCCUGUGAGUUCCUGCUUCAAAACGCUGCCAAUGUGGACCAGCAGGAUAUUCGUGGCAGAGGACCACUGCAUCACGCCACCAUACUUGGUCACACGGGUCAAGUUUGUCUGUUUCUGAAGCGAGGGGCUAAGCAGAACACUGUGGACGUUGAUGGCCGAAGUCCGCUGUCCAUCGCGGUAGAGGCGGCAAAUGCAGACAUUGUCACUCUGUUACGUCUGGCAAAGAUGAAUGAGGAGAUGAGAGGUACAGAGGUACCGUCAGGUCAAUACUCUCAUUCCCAGGGUCACACCGAGCAACAGUAUAAAAAAUGUAUUCAAGAAUUUAUAACUUUACAACUACAGGAGUAGUAAAGCAGAAAACACCAUCAGCAUUAGAUCAAAAUCUCAGAUCAUGUAUGCUGUAAUGCAUUUACACUGGACGUCGCAGCAUAGAAAUCUUACUGUUGUAUAUUUAACAAACAAACAUCACCCAUUAGUUGUUUUUUUACACAGCAUCAACAUCUAAGUGAUGUCACUGGCCAGCAGUCACCAGACAGCACAAAUACUUCUCUUUUUACAAAUAUACAUAGUUUUUGUACAUUUUCUGAUUCAAAUUGAUCACACUGGUGCUUGUUUUAGACCUAAUGAAUAUCUGGUCUAUUGUAUUUCUAAAAUCAAAUGAAGUACUAGUUAGAAAUGACUCAUUUUAACAUCAAGAUGGUGCUUGUUUGUUCCUGAGCUGGUUUAAACGUUUUGUCUGGCAUCAGUAUUUUUGAAUCUAUUACUUUAGGAUUAUCAUACAUGCCAAUCGCUCAGAGUAACUGUAACCCUUAAUGUAAAUUAUGCAUAUAUCACUGACCAUGUUUACAUGCUCAUGCUUAAGGAAGAACAGCAAUAGAUGAGAAGCUCAGAUGUAAAAGUGGCUAAACGCCACCUACGUCAAAAAUUUGAUAAUGAAAUUAACCAAAUGUUCUGGGUGCGUGUUACGUUCAUCAAAUACUUUCGCUUCAAAUACGCUUAAUCCCAGACUUAACGUGGGGUCACACUAGCCGCGUUUGAUGCGUCAAAUUCACGUGUAACGCGCCUAGUUUGGCGCUUGAACAGUGUGAGUUUACUCACUUCAUUUCAACCGCAAAAUUCUAGUAAUCGAGACACUCGUGUGGAAAUUCGCGUCAUGGGAGGGGCUUCUGCGACUCCGCUUGUUUCCUGUAAUCACGUCACUACUAGAGCAAGCUCCUGAUUGGUUAAUGUGGCACAUUUUUCCGCCAAAGUUAAACAUUUUCAACUCGCGAGUUUGCCGCAGCAACGCUCAAUUCACGGCAUUUGCGCGAACUAGACAUGCGAAUGAGGUGGAAUCACGUUUACCGCGCCGCGCUAAAUGCCUUAUUUGCGCCACGGGACCUCCAGAUGCACGUCAAUUCGUCUUCACAUUGACUUAAAAUUGAAAUAACUUGGCUUGAUGCCUCUACCGCGGCUGGUGUGUACGCAGCAUAAGGCUAUUCAGAAAUACUGCUUUGUUGGCAGAAUCCACCAAAUGCAACGUUAAAUUUCCAGCAAAGUCCAUUAAGGGCACAAAAGAUUAAUUGGAAGGAGGCCAGCAUGCGAAAUGACCGUGGAUCACAUUCAAAGUUGGUUGCUUUUCA